CGCUCCGUCUCGCCUGUCACUCCCCCUCCUCCCGGCUCUAGCGAGCGAGACUUUCCAGCGAGCUCUCCCUGCAGCAGCGUUAACAGCCGCAGCACCAGGUAAUCUUUGUGACAGGAUGGCUGAUCAGCAUCAGGACUUCAGUAUGACAGAUGAUCAUUUGGUGAGCCAAGCUAGGUGGAAUCAGACAGGCUCCCCCCUCCAUAUACCAGUUGAUGAUGGAUCUGAUGAACCAGGGUCUGAAGCUUCUGAUGCUAAGAGUACCCCAACUGUGGAAGAUAUUACCGCUCCAUUAGUAGAGGACAGAACAUAUGAGGAUCGGACUUCAGCUCGUCAGCAUGCAGAGAUGCUUGAAGGAACCACAGCUGAGGAAGCAGGCAUAGUUUGUACUCCUAACCAUGAGGACCAUGCUUCCGGGGAUGCUCAAGCUCACAUUGACAACAGAGAUAAAAAUGAAAUUGAGAUUGAAGAGCCAAAACCAAAGACAUCUAUAUCUUCCUCUGUCAAAGUCCCGCAAAGUAGAUCUUCCAUUAACCCCAAACGCAGCUCCUCUGUUAGUUCUAUCCCUUUGAAAAAACCCUCCAACCCUCCUGAGUCCUCAGUAUCAGCAGCCACCCCUAAAUGCAUCUCUUCUAUCGCAUCCCGAUCAACCAGUACAGGAAUAAAAGAAAAAAAAAGCAAGGGUCCGGAUAUGAAAAGUGCAUCGAAGAUAGCCACUCCCCGCUCUGCUGUGCCCCAGAAUCAGAAGAGCCCAGCCAGUGCAUCUCGGAUCCCUUCCAAAACUCCCACCAUUCCUAAGACUCCACCCAGCCUCACUGCUAAGAAGGAGCAGAGAAGGCCCCCUAGCACAGCAGCAAAAUCUGAGAGAGGUGAACCAACCAAGUCUGGAGAUAGAAGUGGGUACAGCAGUCCUGGAUCUCCAGGAACCCCUGGCAGUCGCUCCCGCACACCGUCCUUGCCAACUCCACCAAACAGGGAGCCCAAGAAGGUUGCAGUGGUUCGUACACCACCAAAAUCCCCUUCUUCUGCCAAGAGCCGCUUGCAGACAGCACCCAUCCCCAUGCCAGAUUUGAAGAAUGUCAAGUCCAAAAUUGGUUCCACUGACAACUUGAAGCAUCAACCUGGGGGUGGAAAGGUGCAGGUGGUUAAUAAGAAGCUGGACUUUAGCCAUGUUCAAUCCAGGUGUGGAUCAAAGGAUAAUAUCAAACAUACCGCAGGAGGAGGCAGUGUACAAAUUGUUUACAAGCCAGUGGAUCUUAGCCAUGUAACGUCCAAAUGUGGCUCUCUGGAUAACAUUCAUCACAAACCAGGUGGUGGACAGGUGGAGGUGAAAUCUGAGAAACUGGACUUCAAAGAUAAAGUGCAAUCAAAAAUUGGGUCAUUAGAUAACAUCACCCAUAUCCCUGGAGGAGGAAAUAAGAAGAUUGAGAGCCACAAGCUGACCUUUCGUGAGAACGCCAAAGCCAAGACUGAUCACGGAGCUGAAAUUGUCUACAAAUCACCCACUGUUUCUGGAGAUGCUUCUCCACGUCGCCUUAGCAAUGUCUCUUCGACUGGAAGCAUCAACAUGGUGGACUCCCCUCAGCUGGCCACAUUGGCUGAUGAAGUGUCUGCUUCCCUGGCCAAGCAAGGCUUGUGAUUGUGUUGAAGUGGGUGGAGAUAAUAAGAAGAGAAAAAUUCACUCUGGCCUUUCUUUCUGUUCUUUUUUUUUUCCAUCUACAUCCCCCAUCAUUCCUAUUUAUUUUAAAUUAAUGUCAGCUCUUUUAAUCUGCUCCCUCUCCCUCCUCCAGUUAUUCAUUCAUCUGUGGUCUCAGGAUUUUGUAAUUAUUAACAACUUGGAAGCAAAGAUUUCCAUCCUAUAUUGAAGAAGCUAUUUAAAAGACUCCCACAUCCUUUCACCCCCUGACCCAAAACAAAAAGAAACGUAAUUGAUUGCCAGAUAAACUUGUGAUGCUUCAAAUCUGUCUUGGGAAUGUAGGGCAGUAUUUCCUGCUGUACAUGCUCAUUACUUGGCCAAGUUUUUUUUCAAUUACAUUUAUGACAUAGAAGCCUCUUGACAACCUUCUUAAAGAAUCAUUGCUGCUGACUGAUUUAGGUAUAGAGGUUAAUGCAGGUCCAGAGCAAUUUCCACUGUACAAGCAGACCUUCAAACGUCUCCCCCUGCUGGAGCUGGAAAGCUAGGCAUUAGAAUUUCACCUUUGAAGGAGGAAUUUUGGCAUAGGAAAGAGAGCGGAAGAGCUGUUAUGUUACAUGCACACCCAUUCUUUUUUGUACUGAGAACGUUUGUGAACCAGGUUUAAGUCCAACAUAUAACUGCAUGCAUUGGCUAAUUAAGACAUAAGCCACAACUGCCUUGAAAGCCUACAAGAAUGCUAGUUCUCUAAUUGAAAUGGUAUAUUUUUAAGAGGCAGGGUGAUACCUUAUCUAUUUUCUAUUUGUGUCUAAAAUUAACCAUUUGACUUGAGGUUAUAUAGUCAUACUUAUUAAAAUAAUUGGACUUAAAUUGGUUCCUUAAAUCCCAGGUUCUUUUAAUUUUAAAAGUUAGCAUCCUUUUCCCUCUUUUUCGAACAGUAACUAUUGCCUCUCUCUUCCUCCCUCCUCACCUUCAACCUCCACAAUGUUGGGUAGCCUGUCACACCAUAGAAAGGGCUGAUAACACACAUUUGAAUUUGUCCAGAGUUGCUGGGGAAGUAGCAGAUUUGCCCUUGUGUUCAGCCCAAUAGGCCUGGUUGUUCCAAUGUUUUAUGUAAAUGUAGAAAUUUGUGAGGUAGAGGUGUGGCUCUAGGCAUAUUUAAAAUUUAAGGAAUUGGUGUAUUUAUUUAUGGUGCAUGCAGGUGUUUUUUUAGGAAGGACAAUUGCGUGAAAGGACAUCAGUUCAGCAGAUGUGGGAACAUGUAUACCUUGACCUGUAUCAUGCAUUUUUAGAGUACAUGUUUAUGUAAUACUUGUGUAUUUGAAAGAAACAUCACAGAUCAAAAAUCAUAGCCAGAAGCAAGUACACUCCUUUCAAUAGUUACUAUUCAUUCACUUACAGAUCAUUGUGCAUUAUUCAGGAGACUCUUUAGCACCCCAGAUAUUGAAGAACUGGUUUGCAAUAGACCCACCACCAUGCCAACUGUUAGGGAUGCUAGGAGUUGUAAUUCAGCAACAGCACAAUUGUAGUAGGAACUAGCUUAAGUGUGAAGUAUGUGCAUCUACUGUUAAGCUCACUCACUGCAAUGCAACCAGCAGCUACUUCUUAAAAAGACCUUUGAUUCCUGUUAAGAUCUGUAGGCUUUACCUGAUCCACUGUGUAGAAGGAUAAUUUUCAUAGGGCAAGUUCCAUGAAAGCACUGGUUUAGCAAGCUAUCUUGCUUUUCCCCACCUGCUGCUGUUGGGAGAAAUUAUUCUGUGAUGGGCAGGGAGGGGGAGAGAAAUGGUACUUGAUGUUCCACCAAAUAUUGCUGGAUUACAACUCCCAUCGUUACUUGACAUGGUGGCUAUGAGCAAAUUUGGAAUCUGACAAUAUAUAGAAGCUGCCAAUUUGCUCCAGGAAGGGUUCUGUAAAUGAAAGGGCUCUAUUCCUUUGCCCUGUUUUUUCAUUUCAGACCAAGACAUACUCGUCCAAGCAUGCACGUUACAUAAAUAUACCUGCGGAGGGCAGCAAAUUGGAUUAAGUAGAAAUUGUGAAUAACUGGUUUGCCCUUUUCUAUCAGAGGUAGUUGCAGGUGCUUGAAAGCAUCUGAAAAUUGCUAGUAGGGGUUUUUAAGAUGAUUUGACCAAAAUUUUAAAAGAACACAAAAAUAGGGAGUCUUUAUAGGCUGGGUAGGAGGAGGAAGACUGUUGGGUCAAUUAUACUGGGGUGCUUUAAGUGCACCUAUGAAUAUCUAGUUGAUUUUUCAGGUACUUCAUUCUUUCCACAAUAACUGAAGCUUUCAGCGUGUACAAUCAUCAUGGGCUUCUUUUUCAUCGCUAUUGGUCUCUCCUCCCUUUUCUUGGGUGCUCUUAAACCCACAGAGCAACAGUAGGCAAUCAUCCCUUUCCAGCCUAGUUCAUGGCACCCAUCUGGGCUGUCAUGAAAAAUUCCAGCUUUGUACCCUUUCUAGGGUUGUUGGGCAUCUUUUCCUGCGUAAUUCAGGAGUGUAAUGUUUGAGCCAACAAUCAUGAGAGAGAUUGGUUUGAGUUCUCAGCAUGUACUAGUUGGAUGCUUCGUGUAACCAGAGGUAAUCAUGCUAAAACACAAAAGGUGGUCUGCAUGUGGCUCAUCAGCAGCAAGAGUUGACAGUUGUCAAGCUGAAAGGAGCUGGGCUGUUAAGAAAACUGGGUUGCUCUGGAAGCAACCCAUUUUUAACAUGUUGACCUGAUUCCAAGUCUUUAAUUUUUAACUUACCAAAAUCAGGACACCUUAGUAGGCAACAGGUUGGGCAUCCAUGGUAAAAAGAAACUCUUUGUUUCCAAGCCAAUUAAAAAAAGGCACAGCAAGGGCUGUAUCAUUUGCUUUAUGUUAACACCUGUCACAUUCUGGGGGAAGGGGUACAGGAGCAGCAGCAGGUUGAACAAAUCUCACAAGUUGGCCACUCUGUCAGCAGCAUUACCCUUUUGACUUUCUGUAAAGCAUGAGGUUCAUUCAUAGCACCAUAACAGUAUCCCUCUUUUUUAGUACUGAGAUUGAGCAAAUGAUUUCCCCAUGACCUUUAAUCAGUUCAAGUGAGGGCUGGAGCUGCAGUUUCCUUGUUUUUUAUAUGCAAAUCAACCAGCUGAAUCAGGUGAAGAUAGUUUUGACAAGCAGAACUUGUGGGAUCAGAAAGGGAGAGUGGCUGGACAGAAAGUAAUGGAUAGCUUCUAGAACGGAGUAGAUUUUACUCCAAGACAGAGCUCAAGUGGAAGAGAAGAUUUUGCAGAGGAUUCAUCUGUACAUCAACAGUCACCUUUCAGUCAUUUAUAAGCCUGUUGUUACCUCUGUAGUUAAGUUAGGAUGGUAGGUUUAUUCUUUUUUAAAUCUAAAAAUGAUCAAAUAAAAUCCUUUCACUGAGAAGCUAUACACUACACCAUUACGAUUUAUUUUUGCUUGCAUUUAAGGACUUUGGGCUGGAAAAUCUUGUAAUAUCCUUACCAGCUGCUGUAGUAGCAUAAGGCUAAAAAAAAAAAAAAAAAAAA